AUGGCUGCUGCUGCUACUACUAGUAGUAGUUUCAACUUCAUCUUCUUCCUCUCAACUUCUCUGCUGCUCCUCUCCACAAUAUCCGCUCAUGAGUUCCGUGUCGGAGGACCGAGGGGAUGGGCGAUGCCCAACGGUAACGAGUCAGAGACCUACAACCACUGGGCCACGAGAAACCGGUUCCAUGUCGGAGAUUCCUUGUAUUUCAAGUACGAGAAUGACUCGGUGCUGGUGGUGGACCACGGACACUACAACCACUGCAACACUUCAGAGCCACUCUACAAGUUUGAUGAUGGCAACACCACCUUCCGGUUCGACCGCUAUGGAUUCUUCUACUUCAUCAGUGGGGAGCCUGGCCGCUGCGAGGCCGGGGAGAGGAUGAUCGUGCGUGUCAUGGUGCACCCAGAAGUCAUCAGCCCGGGCCCGGGGCUUGCACCAUCUCCCCAGCCGGGUGGCGACCAGGGCACAAGCUCCAGCCCGAGCUCGGGCUCAGGUUCGGGCUCGGGCUCGGGGUCCGGCCAGCAGGGAUCACCUUCGGGGUCCAAUGCCUCAUUCAAGACUGCUGCUGAAUCUUCUGCGAUCAUGGCUGCCCUUGGGGUUGCCUCAGUUGUUUUGCUGUUUGCUUAGAGAUAUUCAGCUGUUUAUUUGCUUGUUAGGGACUUUCAGAGACUUUAGAUGGCUUUGUUUAUGAUUUGGACGGUUUAGUCAUGUGUUUUGGUUUCAUGGUAUUGUUCUUAGUUUGGAUUUGUUAUUUGUUA